AUGUCCGCGCCGCUCCUCGAUCUUCUCGAGUCUGGGGUGGGCAGGCACACGAAGCGCGACCGCGCGUGGCUGGAGCCAGUGGUCGAGGUGCUGGCGACCAACGGCAUCGAGAGUCCGGAGGACCUGGUCAAACUCAACGUCAGGGCCGCGACCUUCCAGCUCAACGGGCCGGUCGAGGGCAAGGUCGCUUUCCUCGAGCGCGCCGUCGCAAAGGCAACCCAUUCCGCCGUGCAGCAGGCAGCUGCCGAGGCCGCGGCGCCAAGCGGUUCACAGGAGCCGGCGAGCGCCCUCCUGCAGGCGCUCCAGGGCGGCCGCAAGCCAGCGGUCCACGUGGACAUCGCCGCAGGCCUGGGCGGCAUGACCUUGGCGGGCUUGCCGGCGUCGUGCUGGCCGUCUCCGCAACUGACCGACUGGGCGCAGGGCCAGGUCGAGGCCGCGGAGAGCAAGGGCAUCACGAAGCCUUUCCUCUACAUGCCGAUCAAGAAAUUCCUCCCGUACUACGCGGCGGACAAGAGGCAGCCCGACGAUCCCGAGGGGGAGUGCGGCGUCGAGCGGUCCUUCGCGCAGGAGAUCGCUCGCGGCAUCUGCCAGGCGAGGGGCCCCGACAAGAAGCAGGGGGACCUGCCGAGCAUCCCGCAGUGGUGCGUCGCGUUUGACAGAUGGGCAAUCGUCGCGGCGCUCUCCGGUCAGAUGCCGCUCGCGGCGUCCAUGGCCCACAAGGAGGUCGCGAUGCAGCUCGCCCUGUCGGCGCGGGCCAGUGAGCGCGCGACCGCGAUCGCCGUCUUCUACGACGAGAUCGCCCGGCGCGAAUGGGCAGACCUUUCAGCGGGCCUGGGCGCCUUCGACGUCGCCGCGGCCGCGCAGUCGCAGAACGCGGCCGCCAUGCUCCGGGCGGGGCGCGAGCGCGACGCCCGCGGGUUCCAAUCAGCCGCGGAGCCAGUGAGGGUCCAGUCAGGUGCAGUUCUCCCCAACACAUCCUGCGCUGAUCUGAGUUGCUUCCAGUCGGCAUUCGACGCUGCCAGCGCGCAAGCUCUGCGCGGCGAAUUAGCGCCCGAUGAGGUCGAGGCGCUGCGUUUCACGCGUGAGGCGCUCGGCCGCCGCGACGCGCAGCCGAAGCGCACGGACGUGCAGUGCGAGUGCAUGGAAGCGUUGCGGUGGAGCGCCGCGCGUAGCCUACGCCAGUGCAUCAAAGAACGCGAGGAGCGCGUUCGGCGCAUCGAAGCCCGGGCGGCGCACUUCCAGGCGUCCGGGGAGGCCGAGGCCGCGAGAAAGGCAGCGCCACCGGAAUUCAGGCCGCUUGUCGCAGGCGUCAACAUUCCACUUUUAAAGGAAUUGGCGCGUGAGUCUGAGUGGCACGACGCAGAGUGCAUCGACUUCUUCUCGCGAGGCGCCCCUCUGUUGGGUAACCUAGAAUACAGCGGCAACGGUCGCGCGCUCAGCCCGGAAGAGCGCGCGGGCGACACUAGCGCUGAGGUAGCCCGUUUGCGUGCCAGCGCGCUCGCGCGCAACGACUUGAUACUUGCAUCAAUUCGCGAGGAUCCCCUCGCCAGCGAGCUGCUCCGUAAGACGCGGGAGGAGGCGGACUUGGGUAGGAUGUCUCCGCCGCGGGCUUUUAGGCCCGACAUCUCCGCGGCCGAGCUUGCCGCUGCUUGGGGCGAAACAAUUCGUCUGGUGCCCAGGUUUGGGGUCUCGCAACCGAAGCCCGACGGGUCGCUGAAAGUGCGCCCGGUGGAUGACUUCACGCGCUCCAGGGUGAGCGGCGCGUGCGCUCCCGCCGAGGAAUUAGGCGUAGAGGGCGCGGACCAGCUGGUAGCGGUCGCGCGCGCCUUCUUCGGGUUGCACGGCGCGCUUCCCGAGCUGUGGAAAGCGGACAUAGAUUCCGCUUGCCGCCGCAUCCCGUUGGCCCCCGCCGAUAGGUUGGCCGCUGUCAGUGUUUUCAAGGAGUGCGGCCGCCCGUGGUGCUCGCAGCACUUGGUCUGCCCGUUCGGCGCGCUAGCAUCUUGCCACGACUGGGACCGCGUGGCCGCCAUGCUCUCGCACUUCGCAAGGCGGCUCGCCAAGCUGCCAGUUUCGCGAUACGUAGACGAUUAUUUUGCGCCAGAUCGCCCCGGCGCGGCCGACCACGCCAUGCGGUGCUUCGCUCGCAUCGUCAGAGCCGCGCUCGGCAGCGACGCAGUAGCCGACGCGAAGCUGGCGCACGGGGCCCAGCUGGUCGUGUUGGGGCUGCUCUUCUCUUUCUGUGCGCAGGGCGUGCGCUGCGAGCCAGCGUGCGACAAGCGGCUCAAGUGGUCGUCCGCCAUCCGGCAUGCUUUAGAGUGCGGCACGUUGCACCAGGGCGCUGCGAAGAAACUCGCGGGCGCUCUCGCAUGGGCCGCGCAGCACUUGUUUAAGCGCUUGGGCAGAGCAAUGCUCCGCCCACUCUUCGCGCACCAGCACAAGCGCUCCAGUCGUAUCGGGCGGCCUCUCGAGCUCGCGCUGCACUGGUGGGCCCAAGUGCUCGAGCUCAGGCUGCGCGAAGUGGCCAGCUGGAAGCAAGGAGACACGCCCGCGGCACGCAUGUUCUGCGAUGCGCGGAGCACGCCCCCUCGCGCCGCCGCCGUGCUUUUUAUAGGCGGCGAAAUCCUGUUUGCCGAGUGCGCGCCCGACGCAGCUCUGAUGCGGAAUUUCGAGCGCAGACGCGACGGCCAGAUUAUGGGCCUCGAGGUCUUGGCGGUCGCAUUAGGCUUGUCGUCUUUUGAAGAGCGACUGGCAGGUCGGGCGCUGGAAGUGUUCUCGGACAAUUCGGGGGCCGAGAGGUCAGUGGCGCGCGCGAGCGCCCGGGACUGGGAUCACGCAGCCCUCGUCCGCGGCAUUUGGUCUCUCGCGGCGCGCAUGUCCCUGUCGAUGUGGGUGCGCCGCGUCCCGUCCAAAAGCAACAUCUCGGACGGGCCGUCCCGCGAGGUCUACAGUCUCUUGCACCUGCUCGGCGCGCGCCAGGUGCCAGCGGUGCUCGAUGCGCGGUUUCACGCAGCCGAGGCCUGGGAGGCGCUGUGGCUCUGA